GGAGCGCUCGCGCUAGUGUCGUGAGUACUUCAAAACAAAAUCGUAUUCGGUAGAAAGUUUCUUCAAUUGUGAUUAAAAUGAUUGAAGAACACGACGAGCGCGAAACAAUAUGCGACUCAGUGGUAAAUAUUACGAUCUACUAAACACGAUAACAAUUCAUUGGUGGAAGGCUGUCGUUUACCAGUCAGAAUGCACGGGACGGAUGAUUGGCCUCUUGCUGAAAUCAUCAGUGUUAAAGACGUACAUGGUGUCAAGUGUUAUUAUGUUCACUAUGUAGAUUUCAAUAAACGAUUAGAUGAAUGGGUUACGGAAGAUUGUUUGGACACCCGGAAGGUCCAAUACCCUCGUCGAGAUGGAACCACACCAGGAACUGGUGCAGCAACCCCCAAAAAACAAGCACCCAGUAGACCUCCUAGUCCUAGCAGCCUUAGUAAUGAACCAGUUAAUGGUUCUGCAGUUUUACAAGCCGCAUUACAAAAAAAAAUGUCUAGAAAGAGAAAGGCAACAUUUAUAGAAAAUGAGGAUUCUCAGGAUGGCCCACCACAGACACCUGGUCCAAGGCCAACUGGAUCAUUGGUUGCGCAUCACCACGAUGAUAUAGUUACUAGAAUGAAAAAUGUAGAACUAAUAGAACUAGGUCGUCACAGAAUAAGACCCUGGUAUUUUAGCCCUUAUCCACAAGAAAUGGUAAACCUACCGUGUAUAUAUAUCUGUGAAUUCUGCCUGAAGUAUAGAAAAAGUCGAAAAUGUCUGGAGCGACAUUUAGCAAAAUGUAAUUUGAGACAUCCGCCUGGUAAUGAGAUAUAUAGAAAAGGCUCAAUAUCAUUUUUCGAGAUUGACGGCCGAAAGAACAAAAAUUAUGCACAAAAUCUUUGUCUACUAGCAAAAUUAUUUUUGGAUCAUAAAACGCUUUACUAUGAUACGGAUCCUUUCUUGUUUUAUGUAAUGACAGAUUUUGACAGUAGAGGAUUCCAUAUAGUUGGUUAUUUCUCAAAAGAGAAAGAAUCGACUGAGGAUCAUAACGUAGCUUGCAUUCUUACACUACCACCCUAUCAAAGAAGGGGCUAUGGAAAAUUACUGAUAGAAUUCUCAUACGAGCUAUCCAAAUUCGAAGGUAAAACAGGUUCACCUGAAAAACCUUUGUCAGAUUUGGGAUUGCUGUCUUAUAGAAGUUACUGGGCACACACUAUAUUGGAUAUUCUGUUGAAUAUAAAGCCAUUAGUAGAAAAUGAGAAGCCUCAGAUUACGAUAAGUGAAAUAUGUGAGCUGACCUCGAUUAAGAAAGAAGAUGUGAUAUCGACGCUUCAGAACUUGAAUCUCAUUAAUUACUACAAAGGACAAUAUAUUGUUACAUUGAAUAGGGAGAUUAUCGAGCAACACGCAGCUGCAAUGGAAAAGAGGCAAAUCAGGAUAGAUCCUAAGUGUCUUCAUUGGACACCAAAAGACUGGAGUGUUAGGGCAAAAUGGUGAAGUGACAUUCAAAAUCGACAAUAAUGUUGUGUUAAUUCAUCUCUAAGUGAUUUUCAGAAUCCCCUGAAAGCGUGACCAUUGUAUCAUUUAUUCAGUGUAGAUACAAAAACUGUAUAUAAUAUACCCGACCAUAAUGGUCUGUGUUUUUUAGUAAGACUGUCAAGCUUUGCACGUGACUGCAAUGAUUAAAAAUGACAAAAUGAAAACGAAAAAGAACACAGAAGUAAUAAUAAUUUUUACGUUUGCAUGCGUAUCACGGUUACGCAGUAUACCGAACAACCAUGUUUACCGAAUAUUUUACGUGAUAAGAAAAAAGUAUCUGUUAAAUAAUGUACUGGCUUACAUCUAGAGUCAGAAGCAAUGUUUUAAUAUGGUGACUAGGAUUUUUUAAAACAUUUGCAUACAUAUUUGCGAAUCAACGACUUGUACAGGGAUAUAAAUCGCUCUUGUAGAAUUGUAAAUAAAUCUGUUUUUAUAAUGUGCACCUCAUUCACUGCUAAAAUACGAAAGCGAUAUCUAGUUUUAAAACAAAAGAAUAUAUAUAUGUAAUUAUAGUAUUUCGAAGCUUCAAGUAAAGCGACGAAGCUCGCGUAUGUGACCAUAUUGAAACUCAGUGAAACUGAUUGGUACAAUGCAAAAGUUGUAUGCAUACGAAUAUUCGCACAAUUGUGCACACACCUGUAAAACAAGUAUUAAGCGAUAUUCAAAUUUGCGUGUGCUCGUAUUACGGACGGAUGGUAAUCGAUAAUCUGUCGUUAAGAAAACAAAUAAAUAAAUAAAUGAAAAAUAAUAGGAAAGGUGGGAGAAAAAUAGAGAUCCAUUUAAAGAAAUCGGAUUCAUUCAUAAUCACAUCGCAUUGAACAAAAACACACGAGUUUUCAUUCCUCAUUGUAUUAUAAACGGCUGUGUUUGAUCAAGUUGAAAACGCUCGAGCGUAAAUUAUCCGUCUGAAUCCGAUUCGAGAUUAUUCUACCAAAACGAAGAGUUACCUAUGAACUGCGAAAUAAAAAGUAUUUUUCUCUGAAAGUGUGUAUUUUUGAUAGCGUCGAUCGAUGCCAUUAGUUAGAGCAGGUGAAACGAAAGAAAAGUAGAAAAAGGAAGUAUGUUCCAAUUUUUUCACUUUACAAUCUCUUUCGUUUCCACCUUCUCAUCUUUCUAUAAUUAUUCCACAAUUAACACAGAUACACAGAAUCGCAAGAAGGUGUAAAUAAGAAAACACACACCAGGUACAAUUUUUAAAUACAGCAUCUUUUUUAUGUAUAUAUAUAUUUUUUUUAUAUUCAACAGUAACAUCACAGUAGCUUCAUAUACAAUAAACUUUUUUAUCAUAAUUUCAGUUGCCUUUGUAUUCGUAACACCACGCGACAACGUGACACACAGCGAGUCCCGAACAUUCGCCAAUUUACAAAAAUUUGCUAAUAGGUUUUUCGCGCAUUGUCAGCAAUAGGAUGGAAAAAAAAGGAGAGGGAUCUUGUGAACGUUAAUGUGCACGAUGUAUGUCUACGUAUUACAACACGCAUAUAACUAGGCGAACAGUACGAACUUAGGACCGCAAAUAUUAUUCGGAUCCUCGUGUGUGUAUGUGUGUGUGUGUGUGUACGCGCGCACGCGCGCUCGUGUGUGUAUGUAUUUUUCAUAUAUUCUCGAAAAGAUACAUGAUUGAUUUCCUUUUUUCUCUUCCACACGAGAAUACGAAGUAUAUCCGCAAAUAAACGCGAACACAGCGAUACGUCUGGAUACGACGAAUUGCGGGUAUGCAGAGGACAGGAAUCCGAAUGAUAUUGCUGACUCGCCCACGAAGCAGUAUUAUAAUAUUCGAGCCUAGCGAACAAACGAAAACCGUUCCCGGUGAUUGUUAGAAACGAAUAAAAUGACGAAUUUGCGUCGAAGCGAUCUGAGCCUCUUACGAUAUAUUAAAAUACCGACUCGACUUUCUAUAGAUAUAUUAUAUCUUAUCUGAACGAUAAACGCAUAAUACCGAUCAUAAACGCAUGACGAAACUCCUUUUUUUUUUUCAUUGUUUCUUCUUCACAUUCAUGAAACACACACAUAUAUAAUAAUAUAUAUAUAUAUAAUUACACGCAUACAUAAAA